CGUUUCCACGGCCUCCUCCCGCCAGCUUGCGGACUGUUGGGAGUUGCUGUAGGAGGCCUGUGCCUUACCUCCUGCGAGUCUUCUCCGCUGUCUGCCCAGCUCGGCUCCGCGAUGCCGGUUGACCUCAGCAAGUGGUCCGGGUCUUUGAGCCUGCAGGAAGUGGACGAGCGGCCGCAGCAUCCGCUGCAGGUCAAGUACACCGGAGUGGAAGUCGAUGAGCUGGGGAAAGUGCUGACGCCCACCCAGGUUAAAAACCGGCCCACCAGUAUUGCAUGGGAUGGCCUUGAUCCAGGUAAACUCUACACCUUGGUCCUGACCGAUCCAGAUGCUCCCAGCAGGAAGGACCCCAAAUACAGGGAAUGGCACCAUUUUCUGGUGGUCAACAUGAAGGGCAACGACAUCAGCAGUGGCACAGUGCUCUCCGAUUACGUCGGCUCUGGGCCUCCCAAGGGCACAGGCCUUCACCGCUACGUCUGGCUGGUGUACGAGCAGAGCGGGCCCCUGACGUGUGACGAGCCCGUUCUCAGCAACCGAUCUGGAGACCACCGCGGGAAAUUCAAAGUGGCCUCUUUCCGCAAAAAGUACGAGCUUGGGCCCCCGGUGGCUGGUACGUGUUACCAGGCCGAGUGGGAUGACUAUGUGCCCAAACUCUACGAGCAGCUGUCUGGGAAGUAGGCCGGUGCUAGGAGACAAACCAUCCUGGAGGUCCAUCAAGUUCAGUGAUGCAUGUAGAUUUCUCUGCUUCCCCGUUUCCCAUUCUCGCCGGUGAGGCCUGAGCAAUCCGAUAGUGGUUUAGAGUGACUUUUCCUUCUGUCUGUCCUUUAAAAUUCUAGAGGGUCACACCCCAGUUUAUGUUCUGAUCAAGUUUAAAUUCCGUUGUGGGUGAUAUUUUGGUACCAGGAUAGGGUCAUCAGACUGUUAAUAUAAGAAUAGCAACCCAGAAUUUAAGGAAGAAAAAAUUCAGGUAAAAAGACCAGGUCUUCUAGUAACAGAGCAGAGCAUCAAAGAUUCUUGAAGGGAUGUUUAAAAAAAAAAAAAAAAAAAGAUUUGUUGCCUCUGCCUUUGUGAGCUGAGUCUGGAAUUGUGCAUGAUGGCACUUCUGGGGCAUGUUUCCACGGCCACAUCUCAGCAAGACAGAGGUUGGCAUGUCCACUAACCCCCAACAUCUCAGACUAGAUACUAGGAGUAAGUGUCCCGCUCUGGCUCCUUGAAAAGCAGUAUUGUAAAAAGCAUUAGGGAGAGUCGCUUUGUGGUUAAGGCCCUGCCAUCUAGGUGAGCUGCAGGGCGGAGUGACUGUCAGAAAUCCCUACGUCUACCUGCUGAAUCGGUCCCUCUUCAUCUGUGUAUGAAAAGCCGAUCUGGGGUGGCCGAAUAUUGUGUUAACUCUGCUGUUUGCUUAUAGUUGAAUAAAAAUAAAAACAUUGUGUGGAUGAA